CAUAUAAAAGCUCGAUAUUAUUGUGGUCAAAUCAGUUUGGGUUAAGUUCUUUAACGGAUAUGUCCCAUGGCCAAAAUGAUUUCCACUUUCGUGUUCUUCGUUUUAAGCAUACUGCAUGCUCAUGCUGCUUAUCAAGGUGCACCAUUUCCUCAGAAUUAUAAUAAUCCACUACCGGACGUACCUCCAACUUCAUACCCUCCUUCAGCAGCACCAGCUGACACACCAUUUUCUUACCAAGAGUAUCAACCCAACUUCAACCCCGGGAAUACAUCCAGUACUCCCCCGUUCUACCCUGGCUUCAAAAAUCCCAACUACCCCGUUCAUCCGAUUCCUAAUAAUCCCGUCCCAAUAGUCCCCUCAACUCAACCAGUACAACCUCCAAUAAAAACAGCUCAGACAAAAACCUAUACUAGCAAUAUGUCUGGAAACGCUUUUACCACAAGCGUGUCCAGACGCAUUUUUAAGCGCUCAUGCGCAGGCUCAGGAUCGUGCUCAGGCCCAGGAUCAUGCUUAGGCAUAGCAUCAUGCGCAGGCAUAGGCUCAGGCACAGGCUCAAGAUCAUGCUCAGGCAGAGACUCAUGCGCAGGUAUAGACUCAGGCGCAGGCUCGGAAUCAUGCUUAGGCCCAGGAUCAUGCCCAGGCAUAAACUCAGGCAAAGGCCAAGGAUCAUGCUCAGGCCGGAAUUCAUGCGCAGGCGUAAGAUCAGGCUCAGGUUCAGAUUCAUGCUCAGGCUCAGAAUCAUGCGCAGGCCCAGGAUCAGGCUCAGUUCCAGGAUCAUGCUCAACCUCAGGAUCAUGCUCAUCACCAGGCUAAGGCUCAUGCUUAGGAACCAGUACAAGAGGAGCUAGCUCUGCCUCUUUUAGAUAGACUAAAUUUUUGUACGAUUUCUCUCUAUAGAUCCGUAUAACGCUUUUAAAUUCCAGUUAUCGAUCUAGUCAUCCCCGGAAUCGUACCUUACCAGCAAUCAAAGGGCAAACUGUGCAUUUGCUUAAGUAACUACUUACAGAUGCCAGCAGUCAUUCGCAAUCAAAUUAGAACUAAACUGACAUUUAAAAGUAAGCAAGCAUUUUAAAAAUCAAUCUAUGUAUCGAACCAAAAAUAUUAAUAAUUUAAUAAAGCAUGUCUGUUGUUUUUAUUUUACUGUACUUCUCUAGAUUUCAACCCGAGUGUCUCUCUGAAGAGAAAUCAGUUAUUUCUUACUAUUGUUUUCACACAGAUGCACUACAUUUUCCUAUAAAUAUAGUUACAUCGUAAAAGUAUGAGACAAUUCAAGUAAAUAGACAAAUCUUUGCUAAGGAAAAGCCGAAAUGGAUGUCAGAAGCUGCAUCAAAAUAGCAAAUAAAAAAAGCAAUGGACCCAGAAUUCUAAAAGAUAUACUAUCUAUACUUUUAAGUUUUCUGCAUAUUUUAUAUAUCUGAUGCCGUUGUUCGAUUUGUAUAUGUGGCAUAUAAAAAGUUACAUCAGCAAGGCAAUAUACUGAUAUCGUCAAUGAAGAGUAAAACAUUCGUGUUCACGCACCGAAAAAGGAUCAGUGUGACUUAUGUCACUCAAUGGAAAACACUACAUCAGUAUGAGAGAGUGAGAAGAUAAAACAUUAGUUACAUUUCGACAGCAAAAAACUAGCCCGAUGAAAAACGUUGAUAAAAUGGAAGCUCAAUCGAAUACAUCAAAAAUUUGUAAAGCAAUGUUUGAUUUUCAUUAAAUUCAGUUUAGUUUAGCAUGGAUGAAACAAUUGCUAAACGUGGUGCUAA